AUGCUAUUAAGCGCAGUUGAGAGAGACCCUAACGAGCAAAUGUAUCCAUUGGCUUGGGCUGUUGUUGAGGGUGAAAACAAUAAUUCAUGGCAGUGGUUCAUUUCUGAAUUGAAGAAGUGUGUGCCUCAUAAUAAUGGUAAAGAGUGGAUAGUAAUAUCAAAUGAACACCAGAGCAUUUUGAGGGCAGUCCAACUUGAGCUUCCAAAAGCAGAACAUAGGUAUUGUGCUAGGCACAUCUACGCAAAUUGGAACAAGUCAUUCAAAGGAGAAGAGAUGAAAUUACUAUUUUUGAGAUGUGUCAAAGCAUACAACUUGGCUGAUUUUGAGGAAGCAAUUAGUGAGAUGGAGGAUGUAACUCCGGUUGCUGUUGAUGCCUUUAAGAAAUGUGGUCCACACUUGUUUUGUAGAUCUUUUGUCAAAAUAGAAGAAAAGUGUGAUGUUAUGGAAGAGGCAUUGAUGAAGUGGAAGGGUUUGUUAUGUCCAAAGGUACAAAAAACGUUAGAUUCGGAGAAGGAAGAAGUAGCUAAGUGCACUGUCAUUCCUUCAACAUCAACUCGUUUCCAAGUAGUGCAUUAUAUGGAUGUUUUAGAGGUUGAUAUUGAAAAUAGAAUUUGCACUUGUAGGAAAUGGGAUUUAAGAGGGAUUCCAUGUUGUCAUGGAGUUGCAUCUAUUUUUUACUUGCAUAAGGAGGUUGAGUCAUACGUUGAUCAGUGCUACACUAAAGAGGCUUAUUUGAGAGCCUAUGAAGGAAACAUCAAUCCUUGUAUUGGCGAGAGGCAUUGGCCUAAAAAUUGA